AUGCUUGACUUUGAAGUUGAAAUAGAUCAAUUAUCUGCUUCCAGCAAAGGAUUGUGAAAAAGAAAAAAGCAAAAAACAAUCAAACAGUCGAUUUUUGAACUUUAUAAUCAGCUUUAUCACAAUAAAGCAGACGAAGAAAUAUCUAUGUUAAGACAAAAAGUUAGCAAAGCAAUCGAAGAUAUAAUCUGAUGCUUUCAAAUAAUGAGUUUAUUAUGGUUUCCAGACCUCCCAAUUAAAGAUUGGAGCGAUAAUAUGAUUUUAUGAGAAAUUAUUGGGUAUUUAAGAAUUGACAAUAUAUGCUCGGAACUAGGAAUUAUUGAUGCAUAUAUUUUGCUAGUUUAAUUAGGCUUAUAAUAAAAUAUUAUUCUAUUAAAAUUAUUGGGCUUAAAAUAUAAUUUUUAAGCAUAGAAAUAUAAUUAAAAUUAAUCAAGAUUAGUAUAUUUAUACUUGUCAAUUGUAGCUAAUUUUAUAAUAUUUUCAGGUAUAUUGAUUUUAGUUUUUAUGGUUCACCGUUCGGUGAGCAUACCGAGAUUUAUCGUUGUCCUAUUUAAGUGGAUUUUCAGGUUCUGGGUAAAUUUGAUUUUUAUAUCUUCUAUGGUGCUAUAUUCUGUCGUUUUGAAAUAUAAUUUUACAUCUUUAAAAAAUAUAUCUGAGUACACGAACAAUGAUGAAUCUAAGAUCUUUGAGGUUAAUUUUGCUUUAGAAAUUUCUAUAAUUUUUGCGAUAAUUAUUACUUUUCCUUUGAUUUUAUUGUACACUGAAUUUUCAGGUGAAAUUAGGCAUUCUGUAAGUAAAAAAAUACUGAAAUCAAAGGCUCAUUCGAAAAUUGAUUUCCAAAUAUCAAUUUUCGCAUACUUUUCCCCAAUUCUUUAUGUAUUAAGCGUAAAGGAUUAUAUAAUUUAUUAUCAAUGCUUUUUGAUGGUUAGCUCAAUAAUUAUGAUGGCAGAAACUAUAAUAUUUCUGCCAUAUUUUUCAGCCUAUUGCAAUUUGACACUGAUUCUUCGAUUUUUUGCUAUUUCAGUAGUAUCUUUUGGAUUUAUUAUAGGGAAUUGAAUGGAUAAUUCGUUAUUAGUUAUUUUAAUAGCGAUUAUCUUAGGCCCAUUGAUAUCUGUGUUCAUUUAUAGGCAUAUUCCUAAGAUAGCCCGAUAUGGGCGAGGGAUAGAGGCCAAAACUCCCACUUAGUCCGGCCUACUCAGGUUGACUGGACUAAGUGGGAAGUUUUAGCCUCUAUCCCUCGCCCAUAUCGGGCUAUCUUAGGGAUAUGCCUAUACCAAUAUAUCUUAAAAUUACAAAGCAAAAUUAUAACGAAUCUACCGGCUAGCUUAUCUGGAAUAAAUUCUGUAUAUAAAUUAGAAAAAUGUCUUACUCCCCCCCUCCGUGAGUGUAGAAAAAUCCCAAUUUUUUGCCCAAAACCCCACCCUCCGUGAGUGAACAAAAAUUUUUGAUAUAUAAAUGAUAAUUAGUAUAAUGGAAUCUAGAACUAAUUCUAUUUAAUUUUAAACUGAUUGAUUUUUAAAACAUAAAUUUUAUAAAUUAAAUUAAUAUUUGCUUUCCAAUUUUUGAUAAUUAGGAUUUUUUUAAAUUCGAAAAAAAAUAUUUUUUAUAAAAUUUAUAUAUAAAUUUUUAAAAAAAAAAAAAUUAACCCCUCCGUAGUGAACAAAAUUUUUUUGUUCACUCAAGGAGAGGGGGGGAGUUAGGCAUUCUUUAUUAUGAAAUGACUCUGAAAAUAAAGACCAAAUAAUCUAUAGAAGUUUCCUAUGUUUGGCGCUGUAAGGCCGAUAAAUUCUGAUCGGAAUUUAUCGGUAGGUUGCACCAAAUCAAUGCCUUGGUCGGACCAAAAAGCGAUUUGGUCCGACGAACUUGGAAAGCUCCUGGGAAAAUGUCUGCGCUUUUAGCGCUAUAUAGAGGAAACCUCUAUACCUCUUCGAGCUUUUUUUCAUAGAAAAAUACUUAUAUCGUGACAAGCUUCAAGUCCUCUGGGUAACAAACUACUGCUUAUUCACAUUGCAAGAUGAGCCUCUAUCAAAAAUCAAGCUAAGCAAAGCAAAAAAUAUUUCAGGAAAUUUAGGGUCUGAUUUUCAAGAAUAUUUGUGCAAUAAAAAGAUUGAAGAAUCCUUAUGAAGCGAAAGCACACAGUUUAUUGAUUAUUUUCAGCAGCUACAUAUGAUAAAAAAGAAAGAUUUAAAAUUAUGUGUAAAUUUAUUGAGAUUUUGGGAAGAAGUUAUUUCACAAAGCCCUGAUAUUAAAAAAUUGUCAAAAAAUCUUAUGUGAUUACAAGAAAAUCUGAUAUUUUUAAAUAAUAAAUAUAGUCAGCUAACCUCAAAAUUUUUUAACUCUAAAGAGUCCUUAGAUCUCUAUGCUUCAUAUGCGAAGGACAUUCUUUUUGACUGGGAAAAAUCAAAUUUACUAGAAAAUAAAUCGCGAUCAUUUGGUAGAAUUGCUAUAUUGUUUUGGUUUAUAUAGCUCUAUAAACAAUUUAAUGCAUUAUUUUACCAUUUUUUAAUAGAUAAGGUAUAUAAAUUCUUUUUCCCGAAAUUUUGAAUUUUUUAAUGACAUUAAUGGGAUCUUCAUAGUUUCCUGUGAAGAAGAAAACUUUGGUGAAAUUCUUUUUUCAAACCCAAAAGCCAGUGAAAUAAUGCGUUCUUCUUCAUAUAGCAUUGAUGGUUCCAAUAUAACAAAUUUCAUUUCUCCUUAUUAUUGUGAAAAACUAAAUGAAGAAAUCCGCAGAAUUAUCCAUUUUUCCUCAAGCUCAGAAAUAGAUCUAACUGAAGGAUUUUUUUUAAACCUCCCCUCACAUUUUAUAAUAGAAUGCUCUGGAAAAAUUUUAAUAACCUCCCACGAAAAUCAUCUGGUUUCUAUAUUACUUUUCAAGCCUAAAAUGGCUAAACACCAAGUCGCAUCAAUUUCUGAGUCUGGAGAAAUUUGCAGCUGCUCAGAAAAUUUUCCGAAAUUUUUAAAAAAUCAUAACAGUAAUUUGGCUGGAUUAAAUAUCAAAAAUUUAUUUCCUGAAAUAGCAGAAUUUGGCUGGCAAUGAUUUGUCCCUUAUAGACUAUCAGGAUUUGAAGCCGAAACUAUUUUGGUUUUAAAUUAUUAUCAAGUAAAUAAAAUGAAAGUCUUUUACGCUGUGUUAACAAAUGAUUAUGAUGAAAUUCAAAGGUGAAAAAAUAAAAAUUUGCCAUUGGAAAAUGAAGAAGAAAAAUUUAUUUUGACAAGCCAGUUGUCAUUAAAAGACCAAAGUACGGAAGGAAAUAGUAAAAUAUUGAAAAAAGCGUAUACAGAAAUUGAAGAAAUUUAUGCUAAUUCUGAAAUGAAUUUAAAUCAGGCAAGCUCUGUUGAAUCCCCUCAAGUAACUGACCGUGCUUAUUCUGAAGAAAAAUCCCAAGUUUCUGAAAAUACUCACCGAAGGAGAUUCCUUAGGCAGAUAACUACCUCAGCAAGAUCAAUGAAUAUUUUACAUGUUGCCAUUAUUUUUGCAGUAUUUUUUAUAUAGAUCAUAGCAGUUUUAGGCACAAAUAUUGCAGUGCUAUUUUACGCCUUCACCAAUAUUAAAUUUAUUAGAAACAUGGAUCUCCCUUUAACUCUUGGAAAAUUAGGCAAAAAAAUGCAAAAUGUUGCUUGUGCCUCACAUUUGCUUUGGGCGCUUACCCCAGGAGCAAGCUCUGAUACUCAGCAGGCAUUAAAAGUGACAUGAAGUAAAAUCAUUACUUUUAUGACUGAAUUAAAAGGCUUGUAUUUGAAUAUUACUUCUCAUUUAGAUGAGUGAAAUUAUUGCUCAGGAAAAGAAAUUUUUAUGGAUGAAAACAUAAAAUUAUGGAAUUCUCAUAAGAAAAAAAUAAAUUUAUUGGAUAUGAUAUCAGAAUUUGUUCAAACAGUAAGGGAUAUUCAGGGAAACGAGCUUGUCAGAAAAUAUAAUAACUCAGAAGAUUAUAAUGCAGAAGCCUCAUUUUUGGUGGCAAAUGGAUAUGGAGAAGCAUUUGAGUACUGCAAUAGUUCUUUAUAUGAAGUUAUGGAUUGCCAAAAAGUAAUUAUGUCUGAUUUUAAAUCAGAAAUGUUUAUUCUUCUUAUACUGGGGAUUGGUGUGCUUGCUUUAUGUGCUUGUGCAAUGAUACCAUUUUGGUAUUCUACUGUGAAAAUCGAAAGCGAUCUUUGAAAUAAUUUAAGAAAAAAAGUAUAUGAGCACUAUUUUGAGUUAAAGCAGUCCUUGCUUCUUUCUUUUAUGGGUGAGAAAAAUAAUGGAAAAAUCCCUAAUAAGCCAAAAAUUUUUUAUAUAAGUUAUAGCGAAAAAAAUUAUUGAAAUUAUAGAAAAUAUUAAAAAAACAAUAACUAAUGAGCAACCAAUCACUCAAAGAAUGGGAAAAUUAGUUGAGAGAUUAAAAUGCAUUCACUCUCAGCCUGAAAUAAUGCUUAUUGUCGGAAAUCCAUCAAAAAAACGAUUUAAUUUUAAAAAUUAUUGGAAAUACAUCUGAAGAAUUUUUGUGUAUUUUAUUGUUGUCACAAUGUUUUCUAUCAUAAAUAUCACCUAUCUUUACGAAAAAUGUACUGAUUAUUUAUCUUAUAGGCCAGAAAUAAUGAAAGAAAUCAUACGCGGGCAAAUUUUGCAAAAUGCUUUGGCAAUAUGAGCAACAAAUUCUCAAUUGGAACAUUGAGGAAUUCCAUUAGCUUGGCCUGACUUAAAUUUAUACCUCACGCCCCAACUUCGGGCUUCCCGAUAUACAUUGCGUUUUACAUCACCUUGCUUCACCUCUGAAUGGUCCCUGGAUUUAGAGUGCUCAGAUUACGACGGCUGUCUUUCCAGCUCUCAGGCCUGAAAAUGGGCUUCCUGCACAAAAAUUCCAAAAAAUGGAAUCCCUGGCUGAUUCUCGGUAAAAAAGGGAAAACUUGUGGCGUAGCUCCUGAUUUAAGUUCCUAGAGUUGCUCGAUAGACCUAAAAGGCUUUUUUGGGCAUUCCUUUCCCAAAUCAAAUCUCUUCCUUCUCCACGAGGUAUAAUACAAUCCUGAAAAAAUACGUUGGAUAGCCUCAACACAUUGCGGUAUUGCUAGCCUAGCAUUGCUUUCCAUUUCUGGGUCGGAAAAACCUACCAGAUAUAAUUAAAUAUGAACUCAAGGCUGCAUGCCUGCCGAGACACCAUAUUUAACUAUAUAAGGAAUCCCAUUAACAAAUAAUCUUCCAAAUGAAUAUCCUUUAAUGAACAGUGGAUCUUCAUUCCAAAAUGAUGUUGUAAAACUCGAGCGCUCAAAAUUGGUUUUAAGAGAUCCCAAAUAUUUUCCUAUUUUAUCAGAAAAAUUUAUAACACGCUUCUUUAAACGUGAAAAUAAAUCAGGCUGAUAUUAUUUUAAUCUUGGGGCAUAUGCAGCUGAAGAUAUCAUAUACUAUGCUUUAAUAAAUUCACGUAUUUAUAUAGUAAAUAAUAUAAUUAUCAUUUUUUUAAGCUAAAAGUAUAAAAUUCGACAGCUAUGUGGUCACUUAUUCAAAUAUGCUUGUCGAUUUCUGGUUAUUUUGGGUACUGAAUAUUGAAGUAUUGACUAUUAAUUAUGGUGAGCUUGCUGACGAGAUUGAUGGCUAUUCCCAAAGUGUGAUUGAAGACCAAGUCAAUAUUAUUUUAGCAGCUUUUUCUAUUUUUGCAGCAAGCUCGAUCUUCAUAUAUUUUGCUUUAUAUUUUAUAUUUUUUAGAAAAGAAAAAGAAUAUUUGCAGAAGAUCAAUUCGAUGAUGAAAAUUAUUCCGUGAUAA